AUGAUGAGAGUAUUUCUAUCAACAAGUGGCAGGAGGGAGUGUGUAAGUCAAGCUGGGAAGGGAGUAAAGGACAGUGAAGAGGACAGACCAGAGGACACCAACAUGAUGGCCAUGCAGACUGAAUUAUUGUCUCUCCUUUUUCAGCUGGCUGUCUCAGUGGCGGCUCCUGUGCCGUGUGAGCAGAAAGUGUCGAGUCUGGAGGAAGAGAUUACCGGGCUGAGGAAUGUGAUCGACGACCAGCAGAGAUACAUCCAGGUGCUCCACAACCACCAGGCUCAGCUGCUGGAGCACGUCCCCAAUUCACAUCUGGGCCCACAAAACCUCUACAGAGAUUGCUCUGAGGCGUUUUCUGAAGGGAAUGUGGCCAGUGGUUUGUACGUGAUUCGGCCCGAUGGUUCGCCCACAGCGCUCAGUGUUUACUGCGACAUGAACGACGGCGGAGGAUGGACAAUCUUUCAGAGAAGAAGAGAUGGAAAAGAGAACUUUGACAGAGCAUGGGUGGAGUACAAGCAUGGAUUUGGCGACCUCCACUCUCCAGACGGAGAAUUCUGGCUGGGCAACGACGCGCUGCACUAUCUCUCCUCUCAAGGAAAGUAUGACCUGCGCAUCAACAUGGAGGACUUUGAUGGUAAAAGCCGCUUUGCAGAGUACAAGAACUUCAAAGUGGACAGUGAGAAGGACCAGUACCAGUUGCACUUAGGGGACUACAGUGGCAAUGCGGGGGAUGCCCUGGCUGACGUGCACACCAGCCAGCGUCCAGCUCCAGGCAGCGGCUUGACCAAAGUCAAAUUCAGCACCUACGACCAGCAGCCGGGUGGAGACGCCAAGUGUGUGAGGCACAGCAAGUCCGGGUGGUGGUUCAGCAGGUGCGAUUCCGGGAACCUGAACGGCCAUUACUACAAAGGACCGUACCAGGCGUUGACCGACGACGGGGUGGUGUGGUACACAUGGCACGGCUGGUGGUACUCCAUCAAAUCUGUGGUCAUGAUGGUGCGAGCCGCCGACCUGCAAAGUCCACCGGCAACGUCCCCGAGACAGUUCGACCCGAACAGAGCAGCGGGUCAUUUGACUUAUUACUCGCUUGACUGAAAUGCUGCAGACGUGGAUUGAUUUAAGGCAGGGGUGUCCAAAAUUUUUUCCACCGAGGGCCGCACACGGAAAAAUUAAAGCAUGCGGGGGACAUUUUGAUAUUUUUCAUUUUUAAACCAUAACAAAAUAUAUGGAUUUUGUUGUUUUUUUACCUUUAAGGCUACUGGGGACCAUAAAGGGUCUAAGUCAUUAAAAUGUAAAAAAAAAAAACAAGUCGUAUUAUUAUAUACCAGGGGUCACCAACCUUUUUGAAACCAAGAGCUACUUCUUGGGUACUGAUUAAUGCGAAGGGCUACCAGUUUGAUACACACUUAGAUAAAUUGCCAAAAAUAGCCAAUUUGCUCAAUUUACCUUUAACUCUAUGUUAUUAUUAAUAAUUAAUGAUAUUUACACUUAAUUGAACGGUUUAAAAGAGGAGAAAACACGAAAAAAAUGACAAUUACAUUUUGAAACGUAGUUUAUCUUCAAUUUCGACUCUUUAAAAUUCGAAAUUCAACCGAAAAAAAGAAGAGAAAAACGAGCUAAUUUGAAUCUUUUUGAAAAAAUUAAAAAAAGAAUUUAUGGAACAUCAUUAGUCAUUUUUCCUGAUUAAGAUUAAUUUUAUAAUUUUGAUGACAUGUUUUAAAUAGGUUAAAAUCCAAUCUGCACUUUGUUAGAAUAAAUAACAAAUUGGACCGAGCUAUAUUUCUAACAAAGACAAAUUAUUAUUUCUUCUAGAUUUUCCAGAACAACAUUUUUAAAAGAAAUUCAAAAGACUUUGAAAUAAGAUUUUAAAUUUGAUUCUACAGAUUUUCUAGAUUUGCCAGAAUAAUUUUUUUGAAUUUUAAUAAUAAUAAGUUUGCAGAAAUAUUUCACAAAUAUUCUUUGUCGAGAAAACAGAAGCUAAAAUGAAGAAUUAAAUUCAAAUGUAUUUAUUAUUCUUUACAAUAGAAAAAAUAAACUUACUUGAACAUUGAUUUAAAUUGUCAGGAAAGAAGAGGAAGGAAUUUAAAAGGUAAAAAGGUAUAUGUGUUUAAAAAUCCUAAAAUCAUUUUUAAGGUUGUAUUUUUUCUCUAAAAUUGUCUUUCUGAAAGUUAUAAGAAGCAAAGUAAAAAAAUUAAUGAAUUUAUUUAAACAAGUGAAGACCAAGUCUGUAAAAUAUUUCCUUGGAUUUUCAAAUUCUAUUUGAGUUUUGUCUCUCUUAGAAUUAAAAAUGUCGGGCAAAGCGAGACCAGCUUGCUAGUAAAUAAAUACAAUUUAAAAAAUAGAGGCAGCUCACUGGUAAGUGCUGCUAUUUGAGCUAUUUUUAGAACAG